ACUUUUUUUCGAAUCUUCCCGUGAUCGUUGGAAAUCCCAAAAGUCGGUAGUUCGGGCAUAAUUCGUGAAAUUAUUAAUAAUCGUUUUGUUAUUCACUAAGAUCGCAAAAACGUGUUGUGUCCGUGUCCUCGUGGUGAUUUUGUUUACUUGUCGCUGCUUGUUUUUUGUCUCUUAUUCCUAAAUGGUCCUGUUUCGUGUUGUGAGCUUAUGUUGACGUUGUUGCUGUGAUUGUUGCUGCCGCCACACGUGAAUCCGAUCCCUGGUGAGAAUGUCGUCGCUGCUUUGGUGAUGGCUGAGCGCAGAGGAUGUCACGUCGCAAGCAGAGCAAUCCGAAACCACUAAAAAGGGAGGAUGAGGAGUGGAGUGACUCGGAAAAGACACCAUCCGUGAAUAGCGGAGCGGAGGGUUGUGGAUCCGCUGUUUCAAGUCCUUCGGCAUCGGCCGUCGAAGAGGAGUCAAGUUUGCCACCUCCACCUAGACUCAACUCGAUAUCUGUGAUACCCCUGAAUUCCGUUGCCGAAGAUACCCGGCUAAGAUUGAGCGUACUCUCCGAAGAUGCCAGAAAACGGCUCUGCAGUCUCACUGAAGAAAUCGAGGCUGCAAGAGGACCGAGGGAAAGACACUCUUCGACAAGAACAACAUCGACACAAGAGUCGAGUCCGAAGGCAUCACGAGUCGACGUCGACGAGGACUCGAAUAUGGUCAUUAAGGAGGAGGAUUGUGGCCGACACUCGUCUUCGUCAUCAUCUACGAGGCGGAGGGACGCUCGAAGAGAUUCGGAAGACUCUCGACGAUCAGAUGACGCAUCCUGCGUUACGAAGAGAGCGAGGCUAGAUGAUGAUGCCACGCCGAGAUUGAGACUGAAUGCUAGUCUGGCAACGGACCCUGCUCUCCGACCGGCUACCGUUGCCGCCCUUACUAUCAAACCCGAAAACGUCUCUCCACCAAAUCAAACACCACCUCUUCCUGCCGGCCUUCAAAAUGCGAUAGCCUCUGGUCGACUCUUCGUGCUGCCAACGGACGGAAAGGAGACGAUAACAGUGGAAACGUCGCGACCGGCUCCACUGAUUUGUCCUCCCUGUGGAAUCAGGUUUAGUUCAGCGAGCACUUUGGAGGCUCACCAGACCUUUUACUGCGCCCACAGGCCAAGACUCGAGGAAGAUGGGACCAACAAUGACGACGACGAAGAGAAGAAUGGAAAAUUCGACGUUCGCAAGGCAUAUGCAUGCCCGCAUUGUUCCUACAGUGCUGAUAAGAAGGUUUCUCUCAAUCGACACAUGAGGAUGCAUGCUGCCUCGCCUGUGCCACCCUCUGUACCGCCAGCGCCGACAACCCCGGUAGGAAAUUCUGGAAACGCUACUCCUGCGGCUAAUGGAUCCUUGAAUGAAGAGGCUGAGAGAUACUGUCGGAAUUGCGACAUCAGGUUCAGUUCUUUGAAGACCUACCGAGCACACAAGGCCCAUUACUGCAGCACCAGGCACGUAGUGAAAGACGUUCAACCAGCUCCCGCUUCUGUAAAAGGCUCUCCGCCAACGAGCUCGAGUCCUGGCGACUCGCCACCACCUCAACCCUGUUUAGCCCUUCCAACCAAUCCUAUUCUCAUCGUUCCUUACUCUCUCUUCCGCGGCGCAAGUGUGCUAGCAGCACCGACUCUCCCCGCUCCAGACACCGCGUGCUUCCUUCUGCCAAACGGAUCCCUCCAGCCGAUGACGAGGGGCAUCUCCACCACCCAGAACACCGUCACCGAGGCUCCAUCGGUGCUCAGGGCUGCCAAUAAACCUUCAACGCCAUCUGGUGGCAAUACCUCAACUUCACCUUCAGCUCCGGCCUCGGCGCCACUCGAUCUCAGCAUCAGGCGUUCGCCUGUUCACCAGGACGAGAAGGAGAACAGGGUCUCUCCAGCUCCCUCGUCCUUACCUCCUCCUCCAGGAAGUCCCAGGUCCAGGGGCAGCAGCAGUCCCAGAGCGAGGUCUCUUUCUACCUCGCAGACUGGAGCUACUGCCCCUUCAACGACCACGGAACUGGCACUCAGAUUGGCCGAAUUGCCUCCACCUCCUGUUCCUGGAGUUCUUGUCAAGCAAGGCGUGUCUAGGUGUAAAGAGUGCAACAUUGUAUUCUGCCGACAUGAGAACUUCGUUGCUCAUAAAAAACACUAUUGCCAAGCGCGGGAGAGUACGAUAAGCAGUCCACCGCCUCCUGGUACGCCUUCACCUCCUCUCGUUCAACUGAUAUGUGCCGCUUGUGGUAUUAAAUUCGCCUCCAUGGAUAACCUCGCAGCCCAUCAAGCCUUUUACUGUCCAAAGAGGCCAGAACCUCAAGAACAUCAUUCUCGAUGUCACAAAUGCAAGGCGGUAAUCGAAGCCGGAAGUACGCACACGUGUACAAGCAGUUCGACAGGUGGAUGGCGAUGUCCGGUUUGCGGUGCAGUCAGUCCGACAGCUUUAGCUGCUCAGCGCCACAUGGAUGCUCAUCAAGGUGUCAAAGCUUUUAGGUGUACGAUUUGUCGCUACAAAGGAAACACACUUCGUGGUAUGAGGACACAUAUCAGAAUGCAUUUUGAGAAACGCGGCACAGAUCUGCAGGAGGAGAAUUAUAUAACUUGUGUGCUCGAUGAUGAAACGACAACAGCAACUCCCGAGCCAGCACCAGCCGUGACUCCUGAAGAGGUUCCUGUCGAGACUCAGGUCAACGGGAAGUCCGAAAGGAAAAGUAGUCCUCAGCCUCAGCAGAAUCCGCCUCAGCCUCCUGCCUCUCAAACCCCGACCGGUGCCGGAAAAGUCAAACAAGAACGGGAGGACACACCACCGCCCGAGGAGAGUCUCGAUCCCAGCAAAACUGGUCCUCGAUACUGUCGAUCCUGCGACAUUAGCUUUACCUAUCUAAGCACCUUCAUCGCGCACAAAAAAUUCUACUGCUCCAGCCACGCCGGCGAGGCUAGCAAUAACAACAAUAAUAACAAUAAUAACUCGAGCAGUCAUGCCACCACGCCACCAAGUGGCAGGGCGGAGGCUCCUGUACUAUAGAUUCGCCAAAAGUCUCUCCUUCUGGAAAAACGUCUCUGAGCUUCCUAGUAUUAAUUUCUCUAAUUUAUUUAUUAGAAAAACGAUUCUGAUGAAGAUACAAUCUUGCUGAUUGUAAUUAAAGACCUCGGUAAUAGUUACCCGACCUUCUUUUCGCAACAGCUUUGUAAAUUUAUAAAAAAACCAAGCGAAUUAAGAUGUGUGGUUGAAAAUUUGGAAUCGUAAGUAACAUUAAAUUUCGGACCAUAUAAAUGAAUCUUAAAACAAUCUGGAAUUGUCAGGGAAUUUUUUUUUACAGUCAGGAAAUUUUUUUCAGAGUCUCUCUAAUUUUUUCUUUUUUUUUUUAAUUGCCAUAUAAAAUUGAAUAAGAAUGAUUCUUCAUUUGCAAAACUAGCUUUAAGGGCAUGUGAC